GAUUGAUAACAGCUUUAAUUACAAAUCCACUUUGGGUUGUUAAAACUCGAAUGUGUGCAACGAACAAAUCAGAUCCUGGAGCAUACAAAGGAUUAUUUGAUGGUCUUUACCAGAUAAUUAAAUAUGAAGGUUUUUUUGGAUUCUACAAAGGCAUUAUUCCAUCUUUAUUAGGUACAUCUCAUGGUGCCAUACAAUUCAUGAUAUAUGAAGAAAUGAAAAAAUGGAGACUUAAAAUUACACCAGAUAAAGAUAGAGAGAGAUUGGUAAAUGGAAUCCAUUUUUGGGAACUAAAAAUUUUAAAUUUAGAUUUCAUACUGUUGUGCCUUAGAUUAAAACUGGCCAAUGUUAAGGAUAAUUUUGAAUAUCUUUUAAUGUCAGGUUCAUCCAAAGCAUUUGCAAGCAUUACCACAUAUCCAUAUCAGGUUAUACGAGCAAGAUUACAAAAUCAGAAAAACGAAGCGAAAUAUUUAGGUAUAUUCGAUACCAUGAGAAAAAUCUUACGAAAAGAAGGAUUUUUAGGAUUUUACAAAGGACUAGCACCAAAUAUUUUAAAAGUUCUUCCUGGGACAUGUACAACAUUUUUAGUUUAUGAAAACGUGAAUUCAUUUUUCAAAGAACACGCAAGAUAUGAUUAA